CCCAAAGCUCGAAAGAAAAUUUUUUCUCCCUCUCGACUUGAUGUCCCUACACCGCUGCUUCUUCAGGUCCUCUCAAACAUGCCUGUGGUUCACUCGGCCUAUAUGUCAGCGCAGAGCGUUGUCGUAUACCCUUCCACGCCCCUCAGACUCCAGUCCUGAGCCUGCUGCUCUCGAAGAACUAGUGGAAGCAGAAGAAAUUGAUGAAGCCUUCGAGGCUCAAAUGGCAGCGGCAGAGGCAGAGGACACAAACCCUUCCCUAAGAGAAGGCGACGACCGGACUCAGUCAUACCGUAACUUUAUGUCCACCGUCGCUGAACAAUACAAGUUUGCAGGCCCUCGUCAGUGGCUUGGUCGAGAGGGACCUUUUCCUUUGAACAGAUCUUUCAAACCGCCCCCACCGUUGCAGGAUGCGCUGAAGAAUCGGAUUUAUGAAGAGUACAUGCAAGAUCCCAUUGUAAACAAUCUACGAGCACUAUCCCAGCGAUACCACAUCAGUUUGAAGCGCGUCGAUGCUAUCUUGCGGUUGAAAGGAAUGGAACAGACAUGGAUAAAGGGAAAACCUAUACAAACAGGUUUUGUUCGAGGAAUGGAGAGGAUACUGAAUGUCGACACUUCUGACUCCUGGAAGAACGAUCCACCUACGACAUACCGCCAUCCUCGAUACGAGACCACGCAAGCGGAUGCGCUCGAAGAAGCUGAAAACCGAGAUGCCGCACGACAGCGCUAUCAACGUUCGUACUGGGAGUCCACUCCUGAACACGGCGGUGAACCCAUUGUGCCCGCGGCCCUCGAACAUGCCAAGAGAAUGGCUAUUCGAAUGUCAGAAAAGGCUAAGAAAGAGAAGGAUGCGAGGUACAUAUCCGCCAUCGCUGACACAGACUCUAUCAAGUGGCCGAAAGAAUCUGUGGUCAUUUCGAAGAGGGAAGGUCGGCCAGACGUCCAUUUCAUUGAUGUCGGUGCCAAGUUCGUCAACCCGUUAGAAGAAGAUAAACGUCUGGCAAAGGCUGCUACCCGUGCUCGUACCCGAUCGAGGGAGAAGCCUGCUACACCUUUACUAUCAUAAUAAUCACAUCUUUAUACGAUAUUUACUUGCACGCCCACAAUCAUAUCUAUCGAAGGUUGUCUAUAUUCUGUAUCCCCAUGUCUGUCCGGGGACUUGAACUUGGUCGAAAUCUGAAGUCCAC